CUCUCUCUGAAUAGUCAUCCCGCCCUCUUUUGCUAUAAAGUAGUCCCAAAAUCCUAACGUACCUCCCAUGACCAUCAACCUGCCUCACACACUCCCACUCUCAAAUCCCAACACACCACCAAAACCAAAUAAUUCAAAAUAGCUUCCCCCUCUCCCAAAACCACCAUCCCCUUUUUUCUCGAGUUUAUAUUUACACCAUCCGACACCCGUCUCAAGAUAACAUACAAAAAUGCCCCAGCCUACGCCCAUGUGUCUUCACAAGCUAUGGCACUCGCUAGGCCGGUAUGGAAGAACCUCUUCUGUCCACCAUAGAGAAAUAACCCUACUCUGAGGCUGAGCCCAGUUGAAGAAAUGGACUUCUCCAAAGAUAACAUUGAAACGCUACUCAUCCUACUGUGCGUCACACACUUGAAAUUUGAGGACAUAUUAAAAGACACACCCUCCCAAGAACUAUUAAUCGAGCUCGCUAUCCUCUAUGCCACGUAUCGCUGUCAAAAUCUGCUCAAGCCUUGGGUAGGCGGCUGGAUCGCUCGGAAUUUCAGACAAAAACCCGAGUUGGAGACUCCGGAGAACAGACAAACGAUGAUGCUGCUUGGACGGGUCUUUCAACCAGAUGGUGAAGUCAACUACUUUGAUGAGGCGGUGUCGUUCUUAUACGGCGACACCAAAGAAGACUACAGUAACACCACUUCCAGAGCACUGGCCUCUACCAGCCGGUAUCAUGGAAAAGAUAUCGAAAGUCCGUACGGAGACAGUCAGAGGCAUCGUGGCCAUCGUCCGCGAAGUACUUCGAACGUCUCGACGACGAAAAAGAAGAGAUGUGUUCUGAGCACAAAAAAGAAAUGCAAAGGACGUCUAUUUGACGCUCACAAAGCCGAGCUACAAAACAGGCCGGGGUCUUUAUCCCUGGGAACUUGCGGAGGCUCCGAUCACGGUCCGUGAAGCUAGCGAUAUGAUGCACUUACUAAAAGAGGGAUAUACCUCUGGCCACUCAUGCUAUGGCAUGACAAUGGGGAAAGUCUGUGGCAGAGCAUAUGCUCUGAUGUUGGAGUCGAGCCUUCUGCCGAGAGCGAAGAUCGUCGUAUGGAGAAAGUCACAGGAACGUGGGAGAGUGGUGUACAAAUCCCGGUUCCUGAUGCGGAUUGGAUAGACGAUGAAUAACUCUUUGUCGGGAGAUAGGAAUGAUCGGAUAUCUCUUCACUGGCAAAGUAGCAGAACAGAGAUGCUUUUGUUGCGAAUUGGAGAAACCGUGUUGUUCGCGGUGUAACAUGUGGGAAGCAGAGGUGUAUGAUGACACUUUGGGG